GGUCUCCAAGAACAUGGCCGAAUAUACCGGGGCCGCUGUACUUCUAGGAGACAUCUCCCACUGCUGAGCCGGGGAACACCGGAGAAGGUGUAUAGGAGGAAGAGCUGGAUUCCUGAUCUCUCUCUCUCUCUUACCCCUCUCCCUUCCCCCAUGGACCGCAAGCGAAGGCUAAUUAGCGAAACAUUCAAAGUGAAGAAAAAGCGCGAGGAAAACUGCGUAACCAAAACGUAUUCUAGCGCGCUGCCAUCACCUUAUCCAGAUUUCACAGAUAACCCCCAGGAUGCUUUGCCAUACCUGUGUGCUCUCUUCCCCCGCAAACUGUUUAACGACACUUUGCCGCCUAUGUUUCUGCGCCAUCAAAUGUACAGCAUCAUACAGGACCGCACAUCUGUAGACCGGCUGCUGAGCACUUUACAGCAGAAGGGUGAGGUGUGCCUAAUUCAGCCAGGCUUUGAUCCUGACACCUAUUUAGUAGCGAUGAGCGAGGAUUUGCGCUCAACAGUGCUCCGAAGCAUUGAUGAGAGUUCCAGAGCCGCCAUUGUCCAGAAAUUCCUGGACUCCAGCCUGUUCUCCUCUUCUAAGAUCAGCUACAACCGAGAGGAAAUGAUGCAGAAACACCGCUUCAGUGACCGAGAGAUCACGCAGCUGGUCAAUGCUGGACUGCUCACAGUGAAGGAUGCUGGGAGUUGGUGGUUGUCGGUGCCGGGCACAGGGAAGUUUAUCUCGCAUUUUGUAAAAGGACGGAAGGCCCUUGUGUCUCAGAUCAACAAAUCGCGGUAUAAAGAAGUCCUCCUCGUGGACCUCUCCACCCGCAAGCCUCCUUCUGCCCUACGCUUAGGGAUGGAAUAUCACAUUCAUGACAUUAUAGGCGCGGGUCUUGUGGACUGCAUUCCUACAGCGUCUGGGAUGCUUCUUCGCCUAUCGGACAAUUAGCGCCUUCACCCCUACGUGCCUUCAGAAUCAAAUCCAUAGUUCUCCUGUUGUAUUAAUUCCUGAGCUGGACCCUGGGACCCCCUGUGCACACGCUGUACUUCACAUGCCACAAAUCUCCAAAUCAAUCUGUGCCAUUUUUAUGUCUAUAUGUAAUUAUAAUAAAUAAUUAUUUAUUUAAGUUA